CGUCGUUGUUGCCGGUGAUAAUCGUUUCACAGGAUGCCCAAUCCCUGAACGGUCUCACUUUUUCAAAUGAGCUUAAAAGAAUGGAUAGAAACGGAAUUGGUGCUCCCAAUCUGCAGGAAUACUAUGAUAGCCUGAUAUAUGAUAAACCAACAGAUACAGGCACAGAGAUUGCGCAUAAGAUGGCCAGUAAUUUAGGAAAAAUGUUCGAAACAUUGACAAACCAACUUCAGAAUGUAAAACGUGCAAUAGAGGACCAAUACGAACAUUUCUCUUCAUCUGAUUUGGAGAUUUUCCCUCAAUGCUGCAAAAUAACUGGCAAUUACAACCCUAAGUUCAGAACAAAGGUUUCCGAAAGCAGUGCAUGUAUAUCAAAGUCCACAACAUCUGACCAUUACCCAAACAAAGAUAUUGAAACCGUUAUGAAAAAGAACUAUGAGCGGAAUCCUAAUAUUCUCUGGCAGUACUUCGGCGGAAGUGAUGGAACAUUCCUAAUCUAUCCCUCUCAUGGUUUUAGUCCCAACUGUUUUUCAUACGAUCCAAGAUUUCGGCCAUAUUAUGUAGCCUCGGCAACAAACAAACCCAAAGACGUUGUAGUAGCAGUGGACACUUCUGGGAUUACGACCGGACGCAGUAGCUACGAAUCUAGGACACUUCUAAGUGUGGCACGCGAGGCAGUGCAAUACGUCAUUGACACAUUGAAUCCAAACGACAGGAUCGGAAUAGUAGCAUUUAAUGAAGAGGUCAUCAAGCCAACCUCAUGUCAUGGCACCCAUUUGGCAAAGGCAACAACUACCAACAAAGAGGUACUAAAACGCUUCACUAAUGAUUGGGUAUCAAGCAAACAAUCACACUACGACGAGGGAAUUAAAGCUGCCUUCUCAUACUUCAAUAUUAAAGACAUCAGCACACAAGGAGGUGAAAGAGAAUCUGUUAUUUUGUUUUUGGCGGCUGGUGAUAAUGCCGGUGACGACCCUGUGGAUGUCAUCAAAACUGAAAACGAGGCUCGGAAUAACUCAGUUACCAUUCUUACAUAUUCGUUUGGAGGUGGUUUGAGUGAUCAUUGGAAAAAGGUUUUGCAGAAUAUGAGUAAACAAGUCACUAAUGAUCGUUCAUUUGGACCAGUAAAAGAGGGGACUUAUAAGGAAGUAAAAGAUGAUUCUUUACUUCGUUCUGACAUGGCGUCUUAUUACAAAGACCUUUCUAGUACCAACCUGGGUAGCAAUCCCGUAUUUUCUGUGCCAUACGUAGACGGACGAUCCAAGGAAACAGGUUUGAUAACUUCUCUCUGUCUACCGGUUGAGACAUCUGGGUCAUUGAGAGGAGUCACGUGUACAGAUAUUCUGUUAGACGAACUACUGUCUGAUAUCACGAAUUUCAAGCAAGGAGAACUGUCAUAUGCAUUCAUGAUAGAUGGACAAGGCCGUGUUAUGGUCCACUACUUGCAACCGACACCAAAUGCCAUCACAAUUGAUCCAGAUCCUAUAGAUAUCCAUGUGCUGGAACCAAGUGUCGAUGCAAAACCAAUGAUAGAGUCAAUGAAAAGGGGUGAAAGUGGUAAUAACAGUUUCAGCUACUUCCGGACUAUAUCUAGAGGAAUUUUGGAAUACGAAGGGAUAGAGGCCCGAUCAGUGGAAGCAGACUAUAGUUGGACAAAAGUUCCAGGUACAAACUUUUCGUUGUGUGUUGUACUUGGAAAAAAUGAUCAGCAAUCUCAAUUGAAGCCAGGACAGCAAGGGUUAUCAAGGAGUGGGGUAUUCUACUAUCACAGACUAGACCUGAACAGUCAAAACACACAGAAAUGUAGAGAGUAUGAAAGAUAUGCCACGAAAGAGAAGUCAAUGGUAAUGCUGUCUCCUCAUACUUUUGAAAAACCCUACGAAUACCUCUAUAAGACAGAAACACAAGCAGCAGUAGUAGGCUACUCCAAUUAUUUGAACAGUAUUCACAGUCAGCAAACCGAAAAUGAAUUGAAGUUAAAAGAUAACGUAAAAAGCAGUGUUCAAGCUACUUAUAAAGCGGAAGAAUUUUGGAGACAAAACCAAGACCAGUCACAGUUUGUGAUAUGGCGUUACUUAGGAACAAGAGAUGGUCAUGUCAGAGUUUAUCCUGCGGUGGAAAUCAGGAAGGACUAUGACCCUUUCACGAGGCCCUGGUGGAGAAGAACUGUGGCUCAGAAAGGCAAGUAUGUAGUGAUAACCCCUUACGUGGACAACUGGGGAGCUGGGGUUGUGGUCACUCAGUGUAAAGCCAUAUACGAAGGAAGGGCCGAUGGCCAGCAUUCUGCAGAUGAUAUCGUUGACGUUGUCCAGUGCAUUGAUUAUCCAUACCCCUACUUCAGCAGGAUGUUUUUGAGUAACUACCCAGAAUGCGCGAAUAACGAAUACAGCUGUAUGGUGAUUGACAUAAGCGGUUUCCUUGUUAUAUACCCAAGCUUCUCGAUUGUGGUGGACAAUCCAGAUAUUGAACUGAAACACCUGGGAGUAAAGGAGAAAAAAAUAAUGGAUGAUCUGUUAAAGGAUAAAAAUAUUGAGAGGGAAAGUUGUUUGGACAUAGAAAAUAAGAAACAAUUGUUUUCAUAUAGGGUAAAACUAUCGGAUACAGCUGACCCAGUUAACAAACUGUCUUCAGUAGGGUAUAAAAUUGCCCCUGUCCUUAACAGUAACGUGUACAUCAUCAUCAAAAAGGAAGAACUCAAUAGUGGAACCUGUUGUCAGAAUUCAGGUAUAUCACCACUUGAAUAUACUUGUACCAAUAGUGGAUCCGACUGUUGUUUAUGCCAUAAAAUUGUGCCAUAUGAUACCUGCCAGGAAAAAACAACAUCCGGAGAGAAAUACCACACUUGUAGUGCUAGGUUACCAGAUUCAAAUGUCAAAGUUCAACCAGAAUUAGACAAAAUAAAAGAGCUAGACUUGAAACCUUGCUUUGAUGCUGGUUGUAAUGCUCGAGAUGAGAAAAAUUGCUACCAAGUAGCAGGAUGCAGCUGGUGUGUUCAAGACGAAAAUGGUAAACCAUUUUCACAAUCUGAGACAUGCUGCAAUAUCAUCGAGACUUGUCCAUUUGGGAAAGUUCAGAACCAAAAAAAGACACAAUGCCUUGCGUCACAGACACCAGACCAUUCAGCUCAGGCAGAUGAUACACCAAUAGUAGCUGGAGGUACAGGAGGCGGGGUUGUAAUAAUUAUUAUACUAGCCAUAAUCAUCGCAGUUGUCUGUCGUAAACGGAAUAAAAAGGAUGAUAAGAAAGCAACAUAUCUAACGGUAGUUACUGAUAACCCUGGUUUCAGUUCAGCUGAGGAACGUAGAUCUGAAAGUGACACUUCAAUCAACUAUCUCAGAGGUGAGGAUGAAUCUUCCCACCAGAGUAACCAGUAUAUAGGAAUGCAAAGUCCCGACGAUGGAAGUUGUACAGCACAUGUAGGUGAUAACCCGAAAAAACCAAAUGAAAAAUCCAAGGACAUCGCUGUCUGGAAUGACUUUCUUGUGAUCAGAACGAGACCUAGAAAACGGCAAUCGAUCAAAAGAGUAACGCCCCGCCCUACCGUAAAACCGACAGAUGCCCCUAAAACGACGACAUCCACCCCUGAUCCAACCACCACCACCGCCACACUUAAACCAGAGAUAUCAGGAGCUCGAUUAGCAGCAAAGACAGAAGAAUAUUCAGGGAUGGCUUUGAUUUUAUAUCUUGCCUUAGUGUCCCAGUUCUCAGGGAUAGUUUUGAGCGAGGACAUCAAUUCUUUGACAGGUUUCAAAUUUUCAGAGGAACUUAAAGUAAUGGAAGUAAAGGGAAUAUGUGCUCCCAGUUUACAGAAUUAUUACGAUACCCUACUUUACGAUGAGUCAACAGAUACCGCUGCAAUAAUAUCUCAAAAGAUGGCCGAAAAUUUAAAAGACAUAUUCAAAACCUUAACAGACCAACUUAAGAAACUAAAACAGGUGAUUGCACAAGAAUAUGAUAAUUUUGCGCAAUAUGAUACGGGAGAUUUUCCACAAUGCUGCAAAGUAAACGGAAUUUACAAUCCAAAAUUCAGAACAGAGAUUUCGGAGAACAACGCAUGUAUAUCGAAAUCCUCUUCUUCGAGUCAUUUUCCUAGCCAACAAAUUAAAACCAUUAUGGAGGAGAACUAUAGACAGAAUCCUAAUAUGCUUUGGCAGUACUUCGGCGGAAGUGACGGGACUUUCCUUAUCUACCCUUCACAUGCUGAGAGUCAGAACUGUCAGUCAUAUGAUCCAAGAUUUAAGCAGUAUUAUGUAGCCUCGAUGACAAACAAACCGAAAGAUGUGGUUGUCGCAGUUGACGUCUCGGAAUUUACAGCAAGACUCAGCAUAUAUAACUCUAAGCCACUCUUCCAUUUGGCACGCGAGGCUGUGCAGUAUGUUAUCGAAAGUCUGAGUCCAAAUGAUAGGAUCGGGUUAGUAGCAUUCAGUCAAGUCGGCACACCAAUCUCGUGCAAUGGCACUCGGUUAGCUAGAGCAACAAAGGCAAACAAAGUUGAAUUACAGAACUUCCCCUUCACCAACACAUGGAACAAGCAAUCAAAUUACGACGAGGGAAUCCAGACAGCCUUCUCAUUUUUUGACAGUACUGACAUCGAAGCAAUUGGGAAUAAAAGGGAGUCUGUUAUUCUGUUUUUGGCGGCUGGUAAUAAUACAGGUAAUAAAGACCCUGUGGAUGUCAUCAAAACUGAAAAUGAGGCUCGGAACAACUCAGUCAUCAUUCUUACGUAUUCUUUUGGACAAGGUUUAAGUAACCAUUCGAAAGACGUUUUGAGAGAUAUGAGUAAACAAGUCAAGAAUGAUCGUUCGUAUGGACCAAUUAAGGAGGGAGUUUAUCAUGAAGUAUAUAAUGAUUCUCAGCUUCGUAUCAUUAUGGGGUUAUAUUAUGAAAAACUCUUCUUUAGCACUAAUUUUGGUGAUGAUCCUGUAUUUUCCUUGCCAUAUGUUGAUGAACGAUCCAAUAAAACAGCUUUAAUAACAUCUUUAUGUCUCCCUGUGGACAACCCCAGGUCAAUAGUAGGAGUCACGUGUACAGAUAUUCUGUUGGACGAAUUACUGUCUGAUAAUACAAAUUUUAAGGAAGGAGAACUCUCAUAUGCAUUCAUGAUAGAUGGACAAGGCCGUGUUAUGGUGCACUACUUGCAGCCGACACCAAAUGACCCAGAUCCUAUAGAUAUUUACAUGCUUGAGCAGAGUCCUGAUGCAAAACCAAUGAUUGAGUCGAUGAAAAGGGGUGAGAGUGGGAGUGCAACUUUCAGCUAUUCAAGGACAUUAUCUAGAGGUGAAUUGGAAUACGACGGAAUCGAGACGCGGAUAGUGGAAGCAGAUUAUAGCUGGAUAAAAAUUCCAGGUACAAACUUUUCUUUGUGUGUUGUACUUGGAAGGAAUGAUAAGCAGUUACGCUUGCGGCCAGGCCAAGAACGGUUAAUAACGAAUGGGGUGUUUUAUUAUCACAAACUGGAAAUGAAUCGCCAACAAACACAGAAAUGUAGACAGUACAAUAGAUUUGCUACACGAGAGAAGUCAAUGGUAAUGCUGUCUCCCCAUGCCUUUGAAGAACCAUACGAGUACCUCUAUAGGACAGAGACACAGGAGGCAGUGUUCGAUUACUCUGAUUACCUAAACAGUGUACAAAGUCAACAAGCUGAUAACGCAUUGAAAUUGAAAGCUCAAGUCAAAAGCAGCAUUCAAGCAACUUAUAUGGCGGAGGAAUUUUGGAAACAAAACCAGGACCAAUCACAGUUUGUGAUAUGGCGUUACUUGGGAACUAGAGAUGGUCAUGUGAGGGUCUAUCCAGCGGUUGAAAUUCCCAAGAACUAUGAUCCUUUUACGAGAGAUUGGUGGAGAAAAACUGUGGGCCAGAAAGGAAAAAAUGUUGUGAUUUCUCCUUAUAUAGAUAAAUGGGGAGGUGGUCUUGUUGUGUCACAAUGUAAAGCAAUAUUUGAAGGAAGGUGCAUGGUGAUAGAUACCAGUGGGUUCCUUGUGAUAUAUACCAGCUUCGAAAGUGCUGAGGAAUUUACAAGAAAACAUUUAGGAGAAAAAGUUUCCCUGUCGGAUACAGCUCGCCCAGUUAACAAACUGUCAACAAAGGGGUAUAUGAUUGCUCCCGUUCUCAACAGUAAUGUGUAUAUCAUCAUUAAGAAAGAGGAAGACGGCAGCUCUGAAAAGACGACUUGUUGUCAGAAUUCAGAAAAAUCGCCUUUAGUUCAAACCUGUAGUAGUGCAAGCGAAUCACACUGUUGUCUGUGUCAUACGGUCGUUCCUUAUGAUACCUGUGAGGAUAAAACUACAUCGGGGGAUGAAUACAACAUCUGUAGUGUCGGGUUACCAGAUUCAAACGUCAAAGUUCAGAAAGAAUCAGAUAAGACAAAAGAGCUCGAACUGUGCUUUGAUGUUAACUGUAAUGCUCGAAACGAGUCAAAUUGUAAAGGGGUGACAGGAUGCAGCUGGUGUACUGAGGACGAAAACGACAAAGACUUUCUGCCAUGCUGCAAUGUCUUUGAAACUUGUCCAUUUGGAAAAGUUCAACCUGAGAAACAAACACACUGUUCCGCAACUUUGUAUGAGAAACAUUUCAGCUCGACAGAUUCAAAUGAAGUAGGGACUGUAACAGGAAUUGUAAUAGGAGUUAUUUUCUUGAUUGCUGUACUAUCAGUAAUAAUUGUUAUUAUCUAUCGAAAACGAAGGAAAGACAAGGAAGAUCCAUAUUAUCUGGAUCCAACUCUCGACCCCUGUCAAUAUAAUCCUGCGUUUUCUACCGUGGUCGACCAUAGAGAAGACGAUGGGUCGUGCACAUCUAACCAUUACAAAGACAUUCAUUCUGCUGAGAAGGAAAAUUGCCGGGCACCUGUGCGUGUCAACAGUUUGAACAACGAGGUGUGA